CCCCAAACACAUGAAGUCUCUUCACCUGCCACAGUGCCUGAAGCAACACAAAGGAGGAGGCGAGGGCCAUGACUGCAGACUGCCUUUGACAUCUGCUGGGCUCAGUUUCCCUGUGAGCCACGCAUUUCUGUUACACCUUGAGGAAGGAAGGUUGCAUCCUGAAAAACAGGGGGUGGGGGAUGGUUUAGAGAGCUUUAUUAGCCAGGGGGUUUUGUCUUACAGCUGGAAAGACCCAGCACUGUGGAAAGCAGAUGGGGACCCUUCACAGCUGUAAGGUUUUUGCUUCCUAAAUAUAGGGGGUCAGCAAUAGCAGAAUUUGGGAGCAUAUUGUGGGGAGGUGGAGCAGGAAACUUCUGUAUACUAUGUGGAGAAUCGAGCUUUCCAUCAUUAUUGGACUGGCGCUCUGCAGCGUGUGGCGGGAGCCUGUGUAGCAAGAAAUAGGUGGGGGGGGGUUAAUAAAAGGGGAGGGGGCUUUCCACAAAUGAACUGAGGGUUUGAGCAGGCGAGCCCAGGGCUUAGCCCCCAAACCUAUCUCCAAGUGUCACAACUCAAGCCUGGUCUGCACGAAGAAGAGAGCGCUCCUGUGCAUGUGCAGAGAGCCUCCCCCCGCACCGCCGAAAAAACACAGCGAACCCCUCCAUCCGGGAGACGGAGGCCGGCUUCCUCUGUUGAGGAGAAGGUGGUAGUAACUGAUGAUUCAGCUGGGAAAAUCCUGGAAUUGUAGUACAUAGAGUGACUGAAUGCUUGGGUUUUUAAAGCAUAAAACAUUUGCAAAUUCAAGAUCAGUUGUCUGAGAAAGUAUCAGAAGUGUACCAGAGGAACCAUUGGGAGAAGUAACCAUGUGACUGAGAAUUUUUGCCGCUUGUCAAAUGGUCUUUCGAAGCCAGCUGUGAUGGAACCACCAAAUGGAGCUGAUGAGCAGCAGGAACUGCAGAGCAAGGCAGAACAAUCUCAGAAAGGUUCUUCGAGGAGGACUCCAGAGCAUAGCUGGGUGGCUUGGUGGGCCGGAGGAAUUGCGUAUCUGUUCGCCCUGUCACAGAUAUUGGUUAUCUCCCUUAUGUUUUGGUAUGGUGGCUGUGAAACAAUCCCAGAGUUUCUGGAGGUUUUUGAGAUAUUGUCCGAUCUCCUUGCUUCACCUGGACAAUUGUUUACAGAUUCUGACAAGGAUCCGAAAAGAGAUGGGGGUAUCAUAGUGCCUUGCUUCCUGCUGUUUUUGGUUUCCUUUGGCUUGCUACUCCUAGGAAUAUUGAUUUGGUAUCUGCUGAAGACACCUCCAGAUCCCCCAUUUCCCCUCCAAGAGGACAGGCGACAGUCUGUAAGCCGCCAGCCUUCAUUCACCUAUUCCGAGUGGACAGAGGACAAAACUGAAGAUGAAUUCCUCGAUCUGGACCCCGUGCCAGAGACACCAGUAUUUGACUGUGUGAUGGAUAUGAAAGUAGAGACAGAUCCAGCAACCCUAACGGUUAAAUCUGUGGGACUGCAAGAAAGGAGGGGUUCAAAUGUUUCACUCACAUUGGACAUGUGCACUCCAGGCUGUUCUGAGCAAGGGUUUGGCUAUAUUAUGUCCCCCAAGGAAGAGUCAGCUCGAGAAUACCUCCAGACGGCAUCAAACGUUCUCACUGAGGAGGAGCUACACCAGAAAGCAUUAGAUUCUUUUGUAGUCCAGACAGAGUUUUUUGAAAUUCCGAUGAACUUUGUUGAUCCGAAGGAAUAUGAUAUUCCAGGUUUGGUCCGAAAGAAUCGCUACAAAACAAUUCUCCCAAAUCCUCACAGCAGAGUGUGCCUUACCUCAGACGAUCAAGAUGAUCCCCUGAGCUCUUACAUCAAUGCCAACUACAUCAGGGGCUAUAGAGGAGAAGAAAAGGUGUACAUUGCUACUCAGGGACCCAUAGUUAAUACUGUCAGUGAUUUCUGGAGAAUGGUAUGGCAGGAGCGUUCUCCAAUUAUUGUCAUGAUUACCAAUAUAGAAGAGAUGAAUGAGAAAUGUACAGAAUACUGGCCAGAAGAACAGGUUACCUAUGAAGGAAUUGAAAUCACAGUUAAAAGAGUUAUACAAGCAGACGAUUACCGGUUAAGGCUUAUUACCCUAAAGAAGGGUGAAGAAAUAAGAAAUCUGAAACACUACUGGUAUACUUCUUGGCCAGAUCAGAAGACUCCUGAUCAAGCACCAGCCCUGUUGCAGCUGGUUCAGGAAGUGGAAGAGGCCACACAGUGUGCAGAAGAACAGAAUGCUCCAAUCAUAGUUCACUGCAGUGCAGGGAUUGGUAGGACUGGCUGCUUUAUUGCCACCAGCAUUUGCUGCAAACAGUGGAAGAACGAGGGCGCAGUUGACAUACUCAGAACAACCUGCCAGCUACGGCUAGACAGGGGAGGAAUGAUCCAGACCUGCGAACAGUAUCAGUUUGUCCACCAUGUCAUGAGCUUAUAUGAAAAGCAGUUUUCUAGAGCAGCAGCAGAGGAAUAAAGAUUCGUGAAAAAUGUUAUGACACAAACCAACAGAACUCUGACCACAAAUUGUAUGUAUUCUAGAGCUGAGAAGACACACAUGGGAAUUUCAGAACAGAAGAUAUUUAUUUAUAAAUAUAUAUAUAUAUAAAUAUAUAUAAUAUAUAUAGUUUUACUUUCAAAAUGCUUUAUUUUGCAUUUAAGAGCUAAGAUACCGCUUUUCUUCAACAUGUGACAGGACAUCAUCUUCACCCCCCAAAAAGGCCUAUUUAUACUGUAAAUAAGAUCAGUAGCUUCAUUUAUUACAAAAUUUUAAAACAUCAUUGUCAGAUUUGCUAUUUUAAAAAACGAAUUACAAAAUUGCUACUAGAGCCAAAUACAGUGCAAAAGUCUUUGAUAAAUGUAUUGCUUAAGUCUGUAAUGUAUGUUUACUAAGCUUGAAAAGUAACUUUUUUGCCUUUUUUCUGAUGGAUUGUUUUUACAUUUUAAACUACCGGAUACUGUGUAUAUCUUAAGACCUUCUGAGUCUGUGCAUUAAAGGAUUCAAAUGGAUUCAUACUGAAAUUA